AUGAGUCAUACAAAGAAUUAUAUUCUUUGUAUCUUAUGGGUACUUGUGUUGCUGUCACAAAACAUCGAGUCACACGGUUGGUUAUUCUCCAGACAAAAGGCUGAUUCUAGUGAAAAGCCUUCUGAAAAUCCUGAAACUUUGAAUAAUGUUGUUGCUGAAUUCUCCAUGGAGCUAUUUACUAGUAAGAAGGGAAUGUUGCUGGUUGAAAAGGCAAAGAAAAAGGUUGCUCUGUCUAAUACUUGUUGGCAAAAUGCAUAUCAGAAAUUGUUUGCAGGGUGCUCGGAAAUUUUAGCAGGUGAAGAACAGCGGUCUAGGUUUGCUUGGCAUCUUACUGAUUGCUUUCAGAAGGACACUGGGAGGUCCCCGUUUCCUUUUUGUGAUGUAAAAUCUCGCAUGGUCGAUUGUCUCAAAAGGCUGGACCAGGAGGUCCAUGGCAUCUAUCUGGAGUUCUAUCUGGAGACCAACACUAUCUGCCAUCAAUUACAGACUGAUGCAUUCAAGCGACAAACAGAAAGAUUGGUGAAUGAACUCAAGAGAUCUGCUGAAACCGCAGAGGAAAAGCUAGAUAACAUAGGAGAGCAAGCAGAGCGCUUGUUGCAUAGUUCAGAUCAUAUUCAUAAAUCUUUAACUUCUAUUGAUGAUCAAACCCAACAACUGGCUCAAACAUCAAAAGAUGUUGAAGAACGUGUUAAUGUUGUGUUAGAGCAUUCACAAUCGGUGUAUCAGCAAUCCCUUGAAAUAGCAGAUAAUCAGUUGGAACUGCGUAACCGACAAAUAAAUAUGAAUGAGAAGCUCGAUGAAGGGAUGAUAAUGCUCAAUGAGUCUACUAGUAAGUUGGGUGAAGAAAUGAACAAUUUAAGGAACGAAGCUGUUAAAAUCGAAAAAGAAAUUGACAAACUUGGAGAUGCAAUGUUUAUGAAAAUGGAUACUUUGCAAACCAAAGCUAAUGAUAUCGAGAACAUAGCAGAAGUCUCUUUAGACAAGCAAAAACAACUCGUUGAACACCAGAUGGCUGCUCUUGAGGCUCUUCAGACUGUCAAUAGCUUUCAAUCCCAAGCAAUGGAAGAAAGCAGGGAAACUGUGCAACGGAUAGUAGAGUUACGUCUUAGUCAACAAAAUGAAUUUAUACAAAUGCAAGAUCAACUUAAGCAGAAUAAUCACAAGCUACUAGAGAAUUCAAAAGCUGUAUUGGCCGCCCAGGAAAAUUUCGAAUCAAAACAAGCAAACAUGUUUCUUGCCAUCAACAAUCUUUUCACUCUGCAUAAUGCAAUUUUGUUGGAAUCACGGGUCAUUAAAGCUUUCAUGAUAUAUUCUGUAUUCAUUUACAUUCUAUACAUGUUUACAAAUACAAAGCAAACCUACAAUGUGAGAUGCAGGUUAUAUACAGGGUUAUGUGUGACAUUCUUUAUCGAAUUUCUGGUGUUUCGAUAUGGGUUUGAUAUUGAAAAACAAGCUUGGAUUAUCAACAUUGUUAGGUUAAUAUUUGCAGUUCUUGCAUCAUGCCAACUUGUUUAUGCCAUUUACAUAUACAGAGACUACGAGACAUUAAACCAUGUGAUGCUGCAAUCACUAAUGGAGAAGAUUAAUGGCAUUUUAGGAAAAAAGCAGUUGUUAUGUGACGAUGAUGAUACUGAUGUGAACUGGUCUUCGUGGGUUGACACCGAUAUAUCUGAAGAUGAAUUGGAAGACCUUAACAAAGACCCCGACUUCAUACUCCCGGAAGAAGUCAAAGAGAAUCUAAUCACUACUUCAGUUUCAAGAGGAUAUAAUCUGCGUCGUAAAGGUAGAUAGCUUUAAAGUUCUUAUGUAAUCGGGUUUAAGAAAUUUGUAGUUUUAGACUUACUGUACAAAGUACUAACCCAUAUGAGGUUUAGAUAUUAAAAAUUAAA